GUUCUUUUUAUAAAUAGGUGAAGAACAGAAAGUUGGUCACAAUCAUCAUCGUUUUCAACAAAAAAGAACCAAUCCCAGAAAUCAAGAAACUUGGAGGACGUCCGUGAAGAAUUAAAGCUGCUGGUUUAGAUCGAAGAAAAUUUGGAUUCUGUAAUGGGUUUGUCUUUAUCACUGUUAUCAUCAGCAUGGGAAGAAAUCUUGAACCAUAGCUUUCUAAUCUUGCCUUACGAACUCAAUCUGGGUUUAAAAGUUGAUGACACCUUCGACAACAUAUCGAAAUCGGAAACGAUAUCGAAAGAACCUGAUCGAGAUUCAUGUGAUGAUGAUCAAAGUAGAAGGAAUUCGAUCAGUUCUAAGAGAUCUCAUGAACCCUUAAAGAUAAUGCUAGAAACCACCCUUUCAUUCAAGAAUCUAGUUCAGGAUUUCAAGAAACCCGAACCCGACCACUUGAAUCUUAGAACGGAUCGUUUGCCGGCUUCUCCCGGACCCACGAUCUUCUUUUCCCCUCGACCUGUCAGCGAACUCAAUGCGGCUGCUACUACCGUUCAGAAGAUAUAUAAAAGUUAUCGAACACGAAGAAAUCUAGCAGAUUGCGCCAUUGUCGUUGAGGAGCUCUGGUGGAAGGCUUUAGAUUUUGCAGCUUUGGAUCGGAGUUCAGUUUCGUUUUUCAAUCUUGAGAAGCCCGAAACCGCGGUUUCACGGUGGGCCAGGGCUCGGACUAGAGCCGCUAAGGUCGGAAAGGGUCUAUGCAAGAAUGAAAAAGCUCAAAAGUUAGCCUUGCAACAUUGGCUUGAAGCUAUCGAUCCACGCCAUCGGUAUGGCCAUAAUUUGCACAUUUACUACGAUAUCUGGUUCAAAAGUGAAAGCAGUCAACCUUUCUUCUACUGGUUGGACGUUGGAGAUGGCAAAGAAAUAAACCUCGAAAAAUGCCCGAGGAUCCGUUUACAACGACAAUGCAUCAAAUAUUUAGGACCCAACGAACGGGAAUCAUACGAAGUGAUAGUUGAAAACGGGAAGCUCGUUUAUAGACAAAGCGGAUUGCUUUUGGAAACGAUCGAGGGUUCUAAAUGGAUCUUUGUUCUUAGCACAACGAAGAACUUGUAUGUUGGACAAAAGAAGAAAGGCUUGUUUCAACAUUCGAGUUUUCUAUCCGGCGGUGCCACCACUGCCGCCGGAAGAUUGGUCGCCCAUGGCGGCAUUCUUGAGGCUAUUUGGCCUUACAGUGGUCACUACCUUCCAACAGAAGAAAACUUCAGGGACUUCAUUAGCUUCUUGGAGGAGAACCAUGUCGAUCUCACCGAUGUCAAGAGAUGUUCGGUUGACGACGACGAUGUGGGCUUCUCAUUUAAGGUUACCCAAACCGAAACAAAGCCUAAACCGCUAGUAAUUCCGCGUCCGAGACCACAAGACAUUCUACGUGCACCUACUCAUGCUGAACGUACAAUCACAUUAACCGAUGCUCCAAUUUCACCUAGUCUUCAAGAAGCCGAUCGCAUGUCGUGCAAGUGGACUUCAGGAACCGGGCCACGUAUCGGCUGCGUGCGGGAUUACCCAUCCGAGCUUCAAUUCAUGGCCCUCGAAAAAGUUCAUUUAUCUCCACGUAUCAUUCCUGGGAAUUUCGGGCCGAUCCCAUCGCCCAGGCCGAGCCCGAAGGUCAGGCUCUCGCCUAGGAUUUCGUACAUGGGAAUCCCGAGUCCGCGGACCCCGAUCGCUACUAAUUGAGCUAACAAGUUCGUUUAACUCACUUUUCGUUUUUAACAAAAAGAAUAAAAACGCUAAAAUGGCGUAAACGAAUAGAAUCUCGAAUUCGGAUUCUAUUUAUUUUUUCAUUUUUUUUCUUGUCGACAUGUACCGGAUUCCUUUAUGCAUAGUGUUGUUGUACCCUACUUUUGAUGGCUGCUCCUUUUAUGCAGUUACAU